UCCGGAUCUCUUCAAACCCCCACCAUGGACUCAUCAUCUGGCGACAUCAGCACCCUGGCCGCCCUGGUUGGCAGCGCGGUAGCGGAGCAGCUCAUAACGGAACAUGUAUCACAUGUGCUUUCUAAAUCAAGCGAGGCAGAUUCAGCAUCGGCCCCGGCCUCGGCUGCAUCUACACAGCACUCGUCUGCAGAGCUCCUCACAAUAGGCCUGGCCGCCCUCGACGCCUUCCUCCAAGCAACCGUCACCGGCCCCGUUCUUCCGGCAAACGAGUCAAAUCAGGUCGAAAAGCUCUUUGUCAGUGCCUGGAACUCUAGCCAUGCACAGUCCAGCAGUGCAGCUGUUGCGCUGCACCAGCUUCGAAGGGCUUGUCUGAGAUAUCUUGAGGUUGACGGCGUUGCGCCUUAUGCCUACAUUCCCUAUCUGGAGCUCUUCUCUCUUGCCAAGUACAUCUUGGUUGACUCAUUGUCUGCGGAAACAAAAGACCUCUUUGAGCUGUCCUCAUCCGAAAAGACCUCCGCCAAGCACAGCCUUGCGUGGGAGAGACUGCGUGUCAACGUCUGGCACUACAAGAUCAUCACGCAGCCGACCCUGGGCUCGUCGUCCAACUUCAACAAGAGCUCCCAGUGGAGCGAUGUGCCCUCUUUGGCGACACAAAUAAGCCAAGAGAUUGAUUCCGUCCGGGAGAAAGUCCUGGGCACUGAAGUCUGGGCCACAGAAGAGACGUGGACCAGAGAGGAAAAGGCCCUGUUCCUGAUCGAGGCCGCCAACAACUACAUCUUGCUUGGCCGCCAUGACAAGGCCAAAGAGGCCCUCAAGGAAGCUGCAAAGACGACUGGCGUCACGUAUGCCUUGUCCGGAGCUUUGGGAAAGAGAACAAAGUUCCAGGAGCAUAGCCUGAGCCAGCUGGUUGUCUUUGCGAAAAGUGCCCCUGAGCAGGAUGAUGACGAUGAAGAGAUUGCUGCCAUGCCAGAUGCCCUCAAGCUCAACGACGAUACUCUUUUGGAGGAGAUUCAGUUCACAAAGGAGCCUGUGAAGGACGCAGCGGCAGUUGACACUCUGCCACCUGCGUUGGCUGAGCUGUCGCCAGAUGACCAACCUCAACUGUCUCCCCUUGACGAGAUGAUUCUUCUUACCGAGGCAACCAUCAAGGACGCCUUCUCACCCGUUGACGACCUCACGUCUGAGCAGAUCCUCCCCUUUGCAACCCGUGUCCUGACCGACAAGUCCGUCAACUGGCAGAUCUACACACAGGCCCUGCUCGUUCGCUCAAGGAUAGAAAUCCACAGAAGCAGAACCGUUGAGCGCGGCGUCCUUCAGCUCCAGGCCGUGGCCGACCAAGUCCUCACCGACACCACCUUCUCUACUUCAACCACAGAAGAUCAGAACAAAGAUGAUGAUGCGGACUCGACGGAUGUUCCCGCCAUUCAGGUCAUCGCACCGGGCCAAACCGCUGCGCCUGUCGACGAGUCCAAGCCGACUACCUUCCUGCCCGCCGCAUCAAACUCCGAAUCGGCCCCUGCCCGCGUGCGUCUCCGUUACAUCCACGCUCUCUCCACCCCUCCGCGAUGGCAUCUCGAGUCCGAGCUGGCCUACGCCUGGGCCGGCGUCGGCUCCAUGACAUCCGCCCUGGAAAUCUUCAAGCGCCUGAAGCUAUGGGCCGAAGUCGCGCUCUGCUACGCCAGCGCUGCCGCCUCUGAAGACGAGGACGGCCGCGGCAGCGGCGGAGAGGACAAGGCCAAGGGCAUCAUCCGCUGGAGACUCUUCAACAAGACCGGAGCCACGACGCCUUCCUCGUCCGAGCCCGACGACGAAAUCGUCGGCCAAGACGUCGGCUUCCUCAAGGCAUCCGACUUCUCCGGACCGGAACGGCAGCCCCCGCCUCCCAAUGCCCCUCGUCUGUGGUGCAUCUUGGGUGACCUGGAGAACGACCCAGCUCACUACGAGCGCGCAUGGGAAAUCUCCAGACACCGCUACGCUCGUGCCCAGAGAUCCCUGGGCGAAUACCACCUCGGCCAAAAGGACCUCUUCAAGGCUCUCGAGGCCUACAAGAAAGCCACCAGCGUCAACAGACUGAGCCCCGACAUGUGGGGUCGUCUCGGCGACAUCAGCCUGCGCCUGGGAAACUUUGAAGACGCGGCAGAAGCGUACAGCCGGUCCAUCGGCUGCGCAAACGACACCGAGGGAGGCGAAGGCGCCCGGACGUGGAGCAACCUGGGCAGCGCCCUGUACAGCCUCUACUGCGAGCUGACGGCCCCCGGGAGCACAAACGCCAAAGCAAACGAAGCAAAGACUACCACCACCACCACCACCACCACUGAUGAUGAUGAUGACGAAAACGAAGUAGAAGAAGGUGAAGAAGCCCCUGCGGCAGAAGAAAAAUCCACCUCCCGCGACCCGAGCAAGCUCCUUUCCCAAUCCCUCGCAGCCUACAAAAAGGGCGCCUCCAUCGCCCACGACAACUGGCGCAUCUGGGACAACGUCGUGACCCUCGCCUCGCGCAUCCACCCCCCUCCCUUUGCAGACAUGGUCCUCGCCCUCUCGCAAAUCAUCCGCAUCCGCAAGUCCGAGCACGCCCUCGACGCCAACGUCCUCGCCGCCCUCCUCCAGGACGCCAUCCUGUCAAAGGACAAGGCGCCCAUCUCCAGCGGCGUGUACGAGCCCCCGCGGGGCUCCGUCGAACGCCUCGUCAUUCGUUUUGUCGAGGAGGAGAUUACUCCGCUGAUUACCACUCGCUCCGAGCUCUGGACGCUUGUUUCUCGGCUGCGUGCCUGGAGGAACGACUUCGCUGGCGCGAUUGAUGCUGCGGAACGGGCGUGGCGAGCUGCGGUGGGUGCUGGUGCGGGAAGUGGCCUCUUGCCGGGUGAUUCGUCUUCCGGCAGCGCGGACUGGACGAGCGACGAGGCGGCGUGGAUGGAGGUUGUUAAGCGCACGGACGAGCUCGUUUCCGUGCUGGAGAAUUGGGGUCCUGAUGUCGAGAGCAUUGGGGCCAAGUGGAAGGGCAAGGCGAGGAGUGCGGUGCGGAGCGUCAUGGGACGGGGGAAGGCGACGUGGGAGGGGACCGAGGGGUGGAGGACGUUGGAGGGCUUGAUGGACGGUUUGAAGGCGGACAGGAGUUGA